AUGGCGGAUCUGUCUAGUAAUGGAGGCACAAGCAACUAUAAUUUCAAAAUAGUUCUUUUAGGUGAAGGAUGUGUGGGCAAAACUUCUGUUGUUUUACGAUAUGUUGAAGACAAAUUUAAUGAUAAGCAUUUAACUACAUUACAAGCUACAUUCCUAAAUAAAAAGCUAAAUAUUGGAGGAAAAAGAAUCAAUCUUGCCAUUUGGGAUACAGCAGGACAAGAGAAAUUUCAUGCAUUGGGACCAAUUUACUAUAGAAUGUCUAAUGGUGCAAUCUUAGUAUAUGACAUAACAGAUGAAGAUUCUUUUCAAAAGGUAAAAAAUUGGGUCAAAGAACUGAAAAAAAUGUUGGGUAGUGAAAUAUGUUUAACUAUUGCUGGAAACAAGAUCGAUUUAGAAAAAGAUAGAAAUGUGCCAAUUGAGGUAGCAGAAGAGUACGCUAAAACAGUUGGUGCUAUACAUUUUCAUACUUCAGCAAAACUUAAUACUGGAAUUGAAGAUAUGUUUUUAGAAUUAACACAAAGAAUGAUGCAGCGAGCACAGGAACAAGAAUUAUUGAAAGCAAAUGAAUUGAGUCGAUCCAACAGUUUAAGAAGAAAUAUUGUCAUAAUGGAUGAUGACGAAACUGUAUCAAAACCACCUCGGUCAUGUUGUGGUUCAAGUACAGCAUAA